ACUACCGCUAGUACUGUGGGGAAGAGGAAGCGAUAUCGUUCAGGGCGAGUAAGUGGGACAACUCGGCCGUCAUUAACAAGAAAAAAUACUUUAACAGCUACUUCCCAUUUGCCCUGGCAGUUACACACACACGCAACGGGAUCGCUAAUUUCAUCUGGAAACUCAACUCGCAUUCAAAGAACAGGAAUGUGGUCAGUGACAAGUGCCAGUGGCUGAAUGGUGACUCAAAGGGCAAUAUGGAUCCUAACGUCACCUUCAAGAGGACAGGAAUACAUGUAUUUGCGACUUUGCUGACAGUAUUCCUAGCUGUAGUGGCGGACACCACAAACUUCACAUGUCCCACAAAAGACUUUACACACAUGACGCUUCAUAAUGACACUGUGUACAUAGCCGGGGCAAAAUGUGUCUGUCGUGAAAAUCUGCGGGAGCAGAUAAAAAAUUGUGCAGAAAUCCCUUCCGAAUUCACUGGCUUAGUGGUGUUAGAAGUAGCAACAGUGACACAUCUGCUGAUGUGUUACACAUCGGGUGGUUGUGAAACACGUCUUCUGAAUGGAAAUGACCUUUACUCAAGAAAAAAUUUACAAUUUGACCCACCAAUAGUUGGGGCUACAAAUACCAUCGUGGUUCCGUCUUCCUUCUCAGAGAGCACUACGGAUACAGUUUUGUACACAACCACGAAAGUGGCUCCUGGGAACAACAGUACUUCAACCCUGAGUGCUUGGAAUGUGACGUUUCAGACAAAUCAAUCAAAAUCACAAAGGACAUAUACUAUUGAUCUUGUUGAAAACGUUAAACAGAAGUACCGAGAAAACUAUAACCCUGUUGGAGGUUUCAGUGUAAAUGGGGCUGCAUACUUCUUUGCAAACCAGAUUCAGAAUUCAAGCAGUAACUCGACUGUUUCCAAACUUAUAUUUGUCUGUCGCAAUGGAACGUAUCGGGAUAUAGUGGUGGGGUAUAAUAACACCUAUGAUCAGGUAUCUGAUGUGGUUUUACUGUCUGAAAGUCGGAACCAGCAAAUAUUCAAUUCUGCUUAUAAAACAAAGGACGGUUCUCUUAUCCUUGCAGUCUUUGAGGACAGAACGAAAAACAGAUUGGUGUUAACCUAUUUCUCUCUUGUAGACAUUCAGAAUCUGUUAUCAUCUGCACCAAUCAUGGACGGCGAUAACUAUCUGAUAAAUGAUACAUCUUCAUGCGAGGUGAAUAAAACCGGCCUGUGCCAAGGAUGUCCUUACUUCAUUGGAAAGUCGUCCUUCAUACUUAAUUCUCUCACCAAUCUGCUUGACGGACUUCCCAACCCGAUCUACAAGAUUCACAAGAUUACAGGAGCUCCAAUUAACGGCGGUCAUCACAGUUUGAUAUUAGUUGCCCCGACAAAUGGGCCAGUUCAAAUGCUCUACAUUGACACUUCUAAAAAGAAAGGGCGAUUCCUAGGCGGUACUUACAUCAGAACUCUGUCCAUCGAUGGAUCAACAGUCAGACAGAUGAAGAUCCACGACGAUAAUGUUAUCAUUCUCUACAAAACCUACACUGAGAAAGUGCCUCUAUACUCAGGACAGUGCAGUGUGAAUGGUGUCAUUUCGCUUUGUUUCAAUGGGACCAACCCGUUCUGCGGAUGGUGCAGGAAGACAAGAAGCUGUACAACAUUCAGGAACUGUAGUGACUUAGAUUGGAUUCCAGUUGGUGGAAGCUAUGGAAAUAUUUCGGUUGAGAACUUGAGUCCAGAAAAGGGCCCAAUGUCAGGGGGAACUCUCCUCUCCCUGAAUGGGAGUAACCACGACCUACUCAUCAACAGGUCCUUCAGCAUCUCCAUUGGCAAGAAGCACUGCACAAACGUUACUAUAACAAGCCAUGACGUCAUGACGUGUAUCACUCCCCGAAGUCACGUGCCGGGAUUACAGAACGUCACGUGGACGAGCGGUGACGGUACCAUUACAUCAAUCGGCACAUUCCUUUACGUAGAAGAUCCCACUGUAGGUGGUAUCUUCCCAAAUAGAUCCUUUGACAGUGGAGGGAGAGACUUGGAAGUAUCAGGGACCAACUUAGACGCCAUCCAGGAGCCCCGGAUGCUGAUCGUGGGAGAGAGCGUGUCAGAGGGUUGUCGUCACAAAAACGCCACUUUGAUAGUGUGUAGUUCUCCAAAAGUGCCGAAGGAACUCCGUGACAAACUUGAGAUGAACAACACCCUGGACGCUCAAGCUGACAUGAUACAAGUGGAUGUGGAAUUCAUAAUGGAUGGAGUCGAUCCCAGUUUACUUCGCCAGACCCUUGAGGUAGUGAGGGAUCCUAAAUUCUUUAACUUCUCGGAGGAUGGCAUGACGAAAGAACUCGUGGAGGGGGAACGCACUGUCAUCGUCAUUAAGGGGGAACGAAUCAAUGUAUCUGCAACAGCGACGGACCUCCACGUGACUGUUGGUACAGUUGCAUGCGACGUUCUCUCCAAGAAGGUGUACAGAACAGAGUUCCACUUCUUGGCUCCUGUAAACCGCCCUGCCACAAUAUCUCAAGAUUCCGCUGAGCCAGAAGUUCAGGUUCGCCUGGGUAACAUACGGCGUCGGGUCGGCUACCUGCGUUAUAUCCCACCCUCCAAAUUGCACCUGCACUUGUAUAUAGCCGUCGGCAUCCUAGGACUCGUCGUCCUUGGACUCGUCAUCCUCGGCGUUCUUCUGCGACGUCGGAGCCGACUGGCGGUAGAGAAAUUGCAAGACGACAUGGAACAAAUGGAGCUCCGGAUACAGACCGAAUUCCGGCAAGCCUUCGCUGAGCUCCAGACAGACAUGACCGACAUUACUGGCGAGCUGGUGGAGACGGGCCUGCCUUACAACAAAUUCAAUGUCUACGCCUUCCAAAUACUCUUCCCAACCGAUGACGUCACAGAGAUGACAUCACAUAAACUGGCUGGAUAUCCUGAAAUUGACUGUGUUGACGUGACAACCCUAGACACUGCCAUGCUGGAACUCGAAGGUCUCUUCUUGAACAAGUUCUUCGUCAUUACCAUCAUCAACACGCUGGAGAAGCAGAGGAAGCUGUCACUGUCGGACAAAUCAACAUUCGCGGGGUGUCUUGCGGCAUGUCUUUUACAGAACAUGGACUUUUUCUCGCAACUAACAAAACUGCUUCUGGAGCAGUACAUACCUGAUGCUAUUGCCAGAAAGAAACAUAAAAGUCUUUUCGAAGGUGCGAGUCCAUCACCGAGACCCUGACCUCUUCCUGGCUGGGGAUGUGUCUGCAUCAGCAUCUCUUGAAAAGUCGUGGCGGCUCAGCCUUGAUCAUGUUGGUGAAGGCGAUGCAGACGGUGAUGGAGAAGGCCCCGAUAGACGCCAUCACUGGAGCAGCCAGGACCACACUAGCAUAUGACCAACUACUGCUGGCCAAAACUGAC